AUGAUGCAUUCAAGAGGCUUGGUCCUCUCCGAAAACCAGGCCUUUGUCGGCCAGACCAGAACACCAGGUCCGUCGCGACUCCAUGCCUCACCAACCCGUAAGAACAUGACAACAGGCAAAAGAACGCUCGCUCAGCCCUCCAAGCUACUCGGACAAGACGGUGGAAGCUCGAAUUCGACGCAACUCUUCAAAGAUGCAGCACCGUGCCACUCUCCCGUCAAGGCGUUAGGUGACCGCAACGCUUCCAACGUAUCGCGUCCAUCCAGACUUGGGCCUACCAAGCAAGACGCAUCGCUUCGCAAAGGAGCAGCAACCUCUGAGAGCAAGCCUGAUCCAUCGUCCACCAAGAAAAGGUCAUCCGAGGCGAGUCCACGAAAAGCCAGUACAUCCAACGCACUACGUUCGCUCAACGGCAAGCAACGUCAGACAACCGAUCUGCCUUUCACCAAGCCGCACCCACCAUCCACCAACACACAGGAUGCUUCGACCGACAUGAUAAAGACGCCAGCGCCUUGGCAGCUCGGUAAGGCGAGGUCCAUGAGCCGCCAAAACAGCUUUGUCACCCCAGCGGCCAACACAGGACGUGCAGGCCAGAUCAAAGCACGUAUGGGCGAGAUCAUGGAUGCCGAAUUGGGUCUCUCAUUGCAAAAGGGCGACAAUGCUACCGAGCAGCUCGCCGAGCCUCGAGCUGUGCAGAUGACCGACGAGGAAUUGUAUCCCGAGAUCGAGUAUAUGCCGCCUAGCUUGCAUGCCAAGCAUCCCGUGUUUGAGUUCCCCGACGAGCUCGACGAUCUACCUAGGGCCAAGGAUCUCGGCGAUCAGCUUUCCAGUUUUUCAACGAUUGGCUUCCGAGCAGCAAGAUCUGAUGACCUAAGCGAUGUAGAACUCUCGCCGUUGCAACUCAGCACCGAGGUGGAUCUUGCCCCGCCCAACCCGGCAGCCGAAAGUGACGACGACGAUUUGUGGCCGGAUGUCGCAGUGACGGUUCAGGUCGACCGGGAAAAGCAACCAUCAGCUGGAUCUCGACGAAAUGCAGCUAUCGGCAAAGUGAUGCCCAAGACUGCUGCAUCAAGCUCAGCUGGGAUGUCAGGAUCUGUGGCAGCUAGCGUCGCAGUCAGCAAGCCACCUACUGGCGCUUUGAAUGCUGGUGCGCGCAUGACCACGGGCAGAAGCCUGUACCAGUCAGUGAUUAAAUCCAAUGGUCUGCAGCGCUCGAUCGCGUCAGCACCGCGCAGUCGACCUUUGUCGUCGACAGGCGUUACCGCAAUUUCUCGAGCACCCGUGGCCACGAGACCCGUAGUUACUGCAGCAAAAGGAUCGACUGCCGGCAAGAUGGGUGCGACCAAAGCUGCUGGCCCAAAAGCGACAACACGGUCUGGUCCAGCUCCACCAGCUCCACCGACGUUGGUUCGAAAGCAGGCCAUGACCCAGCUCAAUCCCAAGUUGAUUGAUUUUGUAGAUGACGAGCUUGGCAAACAGACAGCUGCAACGCUCGACCAACUUGCUGCCGACGAGGAUCUUGAAGCGCUCCAGCUGGACCUUGGCGACGUGCCCGAACAAGAGCGCGAGGCGUUUCGAAAUGAUCACCAAGAUAUUCUACCCAAGAUAUGA